AUGCUACACUCCUUGUACAGCGCCCGCGCUCUAACUGUCCUCUCAGUCCUGUCUAUCCUCGCACUCUCCCAUGCAGCAGUUAGCAAUCAGACACUGGCCCGCAAUGGUGACGGCCCAUUCAAGUACUAUCGCAUCACAGCUUUAACCAGCCUCGGCGAUGGUACUGUGCUGGCCUCUUUCGACGGGCGCCCAGACGGCGCAGACGCCCCGUCACCGAAUUCAAUCCUCCAGCGACGCAGCACAGACAAUGGCGAGACCUGGGGAGAUCUGACCUACAUUGCGAAAGGCCAGCCCGGCUCAGGAGGGGUCCAGAAGUACGGAUUCAGCGAUCCAAGCUACGUGGUCGAUAGCGGCAAGGGGACAGUAUUCAACUUGCACGUCUUCUCGAAGGAUCAGGGUUUCCCGAACAGUGUCCUCGGCAAUAAUGACACGGAUGUUGAUGUGCUCAGCGCCGAGGUGUCCUUGUCCACCGAUGGAGGACUCAGUUGGUCGACUGACCCUGAUAAUCAGCCUAACCUGCCACCGGUGGCGUCCGACAAGGAUGGGGCUCCGCCGUUGAUUACAACCGCUAUAAAGCCUGUCGGUGCCACCGUCGAUGGUGUUGACAAUGUUGGCGGCGUGCUGGGGGCAUUCGCUACGUCUGGACAAGGCAUCCAGCUCAAAUAUGGCAAAUAUGCUGGACGACUGGUGGUACCGUUUGUUGGCCGUGUAAUUCAGUCGGAUGGAUCGACUGCUGCUCAGGCGUAUAGUGUCUACAGCGACGACAGCGGCGGUACGUGGCAGAUGGGCACACCUGUCGGUACAGGCAUGGAUGAGAACAAGGUAGUUGAGCUCUCGAAUGGAACGGUGAUGCUGAAUUCGCGACCAGGUGACGGUAGUGGAUAUCGCAAGGUCGCGUUAUCCAACGAUGGAGGCAUAACCUACUCGGACCUAAGGACUGAGACUCAGUUGCCGGACCCGGGGUGCAAUGGGGCUAUUACGCGGAUGCACCCUAACGCUGAGCAAGGAUCGGACCUGGCUCGAAUACUCCUCUUCACGAAUGCGAAUAACCAGGAGUCGCGGGUAAAUGGGACCGUGAGGUAUUCGUGUGACGAUGGGAACACCUGGUCUGCUGGCAAGGUAUUUAGCCCUGGAGCAACGGCCUAUUCAACAAUCACUGCACUAGAAAGCGACAAGUUCGGAAUCUUCUACGAGGGGCUGGAUAACGAGCUGGUCCUUCUUCAAGUGGAUGUGGACUGGCUCGAGGUUUCUUGUUAG